UAUCGGUCGGUCAGACGGACGCAUGUUACAAUUUUUUCUGAAAGUUAUUGUUGAUAAAUCUCGCUCUAUCCUAUUGUAGAAGAAAAUUAAUUAAAUCUUGAACGGCUACUGUAUUGUAUGAUACUUGUGUGUUGUUUAUAAUAUUAGGUCUGUGUGGUGACCUUAGGAAGACGCUGUCGGAAACUCAAGUGGCAUCUCGUUCGUUCAACCAAUCAUGUCGACGUGCCAGCCUUCAGGUUGAGUGAAAGUUUGGGUAACUUUUCAAUUACCGUAGAGAAAAUGUUUCCGUACCUAGUGCGGUAGUGUGGGGAGUGAGGAGAGCGUGGUGGAAAAGCUGACCAGAUGGAGAGCAUCGGCGGAGAGGAGAUAGAGCGCGCGCUGAUGGACCUGGGCCCGCUGCUCGGCGUCUCCAUCAAGGAGGAGGUGCCCGAGGAGCCGCCCGACGCCGCUACCGCCUCCGCCUCCAACACCAGCACCAAUGCGGGCAAUGUCGCAUCCGCGACGUCGCCCGGCACCGGAGCCGCGGCCGAGGGCGGCGCGGACUCGCUGGCGUCGCCCGGGGCGGAGGCGCGCGUGCCCGCGUCGGCGGCGCGCUGCGUGCUGUGCGGCGCGGCGCUGGCGCAGCAGGACGGCACGCCCAAGCUCAUGGAGUGCCUGCACUCUGCCUGCGAGCCCUGCAUCAAGGCCAAGAUCGAGGAGAAACUUGCUCCCAGCCGAGACUUCCUAGGUGCGGAGCGCAUGACGAUCACGUGCCCCGUGUGCCGGCUGCAGUGCCAGCCAGCCAACAUGGUGGACCAGCGGUUCGUGCUCGAGAAGCUCGCCAUCGACAACACCGGCAACAACGGGUCUGGCGGCGGGGAGCAGCAGUGCAACAGCUGCGAGGACACGGAGCCCGCCACUAGCUACUGCGUCGACUGCGCAGAGUUUAUCUGCGACAACUGCGUGCACGCACACCAGAGGCUAAAGAUAACGAAGGAUCACACGAUCAAGUCGAAGGAAGAAGCGCUGGCAGAGCUGCAGGCGGCGGCGGCGGCCGGCCGCCAGGCGCACGACAUGUUCUGCAGGGAGCACCCGCAGGAGCGCCUGUCGCUGUUCUGCGAGACGUGCGACCGGCUGACGUGCCGCGACUGCCAGCUGCAGCACCACCGCGACCACAAGUACCAGUUCAGCACCGAGAUGGCGCACCAGGCGCGUGCGAGUAUCGCGUCGCUACUCUCGGAAGUGAGCUACAAGCGCGUCCUCCUCGGCUCUGCGAUGAAGGUGAUCCGCGACCGGCAGCAGCUGAUUGCGGACAAGAAGAAGGCCCUGGUGCACGAGAUCACGCAGUGCGUGGUGAAACUCACCAAUGCCAUCAACUCGCGCGGCAAGCAGCUGGUGCUGCGGCUCAACGAGGUGUGCGACUCCAAGCUGCGCACGCUCGGCGAGAAGAAGGACGCCCUGGAGCAGCUCGCGGCCAUCACUGACCACUGCGUCGACUUCGUCAACCAUGCGCUGGACCAGGGCAGCGACACGGCCGUGCUGUACUCCAAGCGCGCGGUGUGCGCGCACCUGCAGCGCAUCAAGUCGCGCCGCGCCGACAUCCCCAACCCCGAGAUCCCCGUGCGCAUCAGCCUCGCGCUCGACAAGCUGCCCGACCUCAUACGCGUCCUGUCGACGAUCGGCGCCAUUGUGGUGGACGGCAAGGUGGACGGCGGCGGCGCGGGCGCGCAGGGGCCCUACCACCCGCCCGCGUCCCCCGCCGGGGGCGCAGGGGGAGCCGCGGGCCCCGCGGGGGCCCUGCUCCCCGUGGCCCACCUGCAGCCGCACCAGCCGCCGCAGCACUCCGCCGUCGUGGCGCUGCAGCACGCCGCCAUGCAUCAGUCGUACGUGCAGUCGGUGUCGGCGGGCGCCGCGGGGGCGGGCGCGGUGGCGGGCUACCUGGGGGCGGGGGCGGGCGCGGGGGCCACGGGGGCCGGCGCGGGGGCCCGCGCGCGCCUGCACACCCCGCUGCGGCACCCGCACGUCACCUCCACCACGCACCCGCACCACCUGCACGGCAUGAACGAGAUGAACCUGCGGGGGCUCCUCAACCCGGGCCGCGGGUCGCGCGCGCCGCCGCCUGUCCACCCCGCUCAGGCCAUGCAGCACGCAUACCAGCACAUGAUGGGUGCGUAUAACAACGCGUACGGCGGCGGCGGCGGGCCGGGCGGGGGCCCGGGGGGGCCCUCGGGGCGACGCUCGGGGGGCCCGCGGACCCCCUCCCCCGCGCCCCCGCACUACCCGCACCACCACACGCAGCAACAACAACAACAGCAGCUGCAGCAGCAACAGAUGUUGCAGCACCAUCAACAGCACGCGCCCGCCAAGUGGCACAUCCCGCAGCAGAGUCUUCCCAAUGGCGUGGCAGGAGCGCUGGAGCCGGCGGCGGGCGGCGGCGGUGCCGGACUGGACUUCAAGAUCACGCUGAGCAGGCAGGCGCCGCGCCAGCCCAGCCUCGUCACUUCCACCAACCCCAAGACGCCCAGCCCUAAUCUGCAGGGCGGCGGCGCGCUGGUGUCGGAGCUGGACGCGGUGUGCGCGCAGUCGGUGCAGGACCUGAUGGCCACCAUCGCCAAGCUGGACUCCAACGGCGUGCAGGUGGUGGCCGAGCCCCCGCCCCCGCCCCCGCCGCUGGCCGCCGAGCCCGCCGCCUCGCCCGCGCCGCACGUGCACUCCUCCACCGACACGCCCGCAGCGGAGGUGAUGGCAACCACCACCGGCGGCGGCGCCAGCGACCCCAACGAGGACUGGUGUGCCGUGUGCAUGGACGGCGGCGAGCUCAUGUGCUGCGACAAGUGCCCCAAGGUGUUCCACCAGUACUGCCACAUACCCACCAUCGAGAAGCUGCCAGAUGAGACGGAGACAUGGCAGUGCCUGCUGUGUGUGAACUUCGCGGAGCUGGGCCCCGAGCCGGCGGAGGAGACCUCGGGCGGAGGCCUGUCGGCGCGGCAGCAGAAGCUGGUGGAGCGCAUCACGCUGGAGCUGUACUGCCAGUACGAGGCCAGCCUGCCCUUCCGCGAGCCCGUGCCCAAGGACAACCUGCACUACCACGCCAAGGUGGCGCGGCCCAUGUGCCUGGACAUGAUCCGCAUGAAGCUGCAGCCGCGGGCGCCGCAGCGGUACUCGCACGUGGCGCACUUCGUGGCCGACUGCCGGCUCAUGUUCCGCAACGCCUACCUCUACAACCCGCCGGAGUCUCAGAUCUACAAGGACGCGAAGCGGCUGGAGGAGUUCUUGGACGCGCAGCUGGCCAAGUGGCUGCCCGAGUACGCCUACUGGAGCGGCGAGGGCGAGCCGCCCACCAAGCGCGCCCGCCUCGACUGACCGCCGUCCCCCGCGGCCGUCGCGGCCCCGGCGCUCUCUGCGGCCCUGGGGCCCCCGGCGGCCCCUGCGGCACUAGAGCCCCCGGCGGCCCCUGCGGCCCUGGGGCCCCCGGCGGCCCCGGCGCCCCCUGCGGCCCUGGAGCCCCCAGCGCCCCCAGUGCCAGCCGCACUGCCCGUGGCCACGGUGUACCCGCGGUACUCGAUCGCCAACUACUACAACACGUACGGCAGCCCACACGCAGCCGACCUGCGAGGCACCACCUACAUCAACUGGAGCCUUGGAUAGAGAGCUGCUACACUUAACCGUGCACAAAACUGUCGAAGUACAGGUCGCCGAUCUAAAGCGAUGCAUAAAACUAGGUCCUCGCAUCCGAGACAGACGUAUAAAACUUAUUAUAAUAUAUUAAUAUAUGUAGGCUAAUGGUUUUAAUAAAGUGGUAUAAACUGAGGCGACGUAGGAUGUACGUCCUGUUCUCGUAUUGUUGUGGUGGACCGGUUUCGUACUCAUGUUCGAGUAUCAUAUGGCGACUCGUAGUCAUUGUUCAUGGUUACAGGUUGUAUUAUUCAGAAUGUGCUAACGAAAUUAUAUUUCUGAAUCGUGCGACUAAAGAUCUUAACUUACACGUUGCGCGAUUUCUUCUAAAUAAAAAUGUGUAAAUGUACUAUCAAAGCUUUUUAAGGGCGAUGUAUCUUGAUCCAUAAUUGUGACAUGUUUCAAAGGUGCACUCGGUCCCUAUGAGGGGCUCUGCGGUACACUCGGUGGUGUUUGAAUCGACAACAAGUGACAGAUAGUUAACCCGCGAGACUUCAAUACAAGUCGCUACUGUGACAUAGAAACACACUGCCUGUAGCUCUAUGUGGCAGCUUACGAUAUUGUAUAUUUACAAGUAAGCACUUCUUUACAUAGUAAAGAAAUAAUCUAAUUUAGACAUUAAUUCAAGGAUACAACGCAGAAUGGUUCGUGUACCGAGUGCAGUAAGGACGUUAUUGUGAGUGUAGCGAUGUUAUAGAUAUUGUUUGAAUGGAUAGCAUUGUUCUCGUUCCGUCAUAGUGCCACGUUCUCCAUGAUUUUCCUUGUUAACAUGUAGCGAAUAUAAAAUAUUAUAUUUGUAGCUAGCUAUUAAAGCCUUGAAAGUAUUAAAUAUUAUUGUUACAUAGUUUUCCAUUACGACGAGUAUUGACAGCUGAUUGUAUAACCAAAAUGUAUAGUUUUAUACAGAUAUAAUAAAGCCCUCUCGCCGGCGAGGCGUAGCGGCGUAGGUGCCGGAGUGAAUCGUUUCAAUUUUGAUACAUUAUUGUGAUUUCUACUUUUCAUCACGUUGUUGGAUUGAUCUCUGUGAUAUAUUGAGUAACGUUUGUUUGUCAUUGUGUUGUGUUGUCGCGUCGCUUGUUCAUUCGAUUGGCUUAUUUAUUGUAUAUCUUGAUUGUAUUUAGUUUUAAUUAAAGUAAUUCUGUCAUCGGUCACGUAUUAUAUUAGUAAAGAGUGAGCUCUGUAAGGUCGUUUAUAAGACGUAUUGUAAGCGAGAGCAUCCAAUGUCGGUCGCCAUUGGCAGCAGGGGUUGACCAUGAACGGUGAGAUGUGGCUCUCUCGGAGAAAAUGAUUCUUAAUUCUGGUUCCUUAGUUUAUUUUAAUUUACAGCACACAUGUGUAUAUUGUCUCUAAGAUUUAUAUUUUACUCCACUUCUAUAAUAUUAGAAAUAAAGACCAUUUAUUCGA